GCGGGGCCGGCCGCCGGCGCAGGGUUGGGGGGCGCAGCGCGGCGGGCGUAGGUCUAUGUCGCGGGCAGCGGCGGCGGCGGCGGCCGCGGAGGGACGAUGCGCGAGUACAAAGUGGUGGUGCUGGGCUCGGGCGGGGUCGGCAAAUCCGCCCUGACCGUGCAGUUCGUGACCGGCACCUUCAUCGAGAAAUACGACCCCACCAUCGAGGACUUCUACCGCAAGGAGAUCGAGGUGGACUCGUCGCCGUCGGUGCUGGAGAUCCUGGACACGGCGGGCACCGAGCAGUUCGCGUCCAUGCGGGACCUGUACAUCAAGAACGGCCAGGGCUUCAUCCUCGUCUAUAGCCUCGUCAACCAGCAGAGCUUCCAGGACAUCAAGCCCAUGCGGGACCAGAUCAUCCGAGUGAAGCGGUAUGAGAAAGUGCCAGUCAUCCUGGUUGGGAACAAGGUGGACCUGGAAAGCGAGAGGGAGGUGUCCUCCGGCGAAGGCAGGGCCCUGGCGGAGGAGUGGGGCUGCCCCUUCAUGGAAACGUCUGCCAAGAGUAAAACGAUGGUGGACGAACUCUUUGCGGAAAUCGUGAGGCAGAUGAACUACGCGGCGCAGCCGGACAAGGACGACCCGUGCUGCUCCGCCUGUAACAUUCAAUAGCACCCGCGGCCGCCGGCUGUCCUGGUCGGGAGCCGCCCCACGUCGCGGGCGCUGCAGACCUCGCCCGCCGGGCUGCGGAGCCCCCAGGACGCGUGCCGUGCUCUCCAGGGGAGGAGCAGCCCUUGUCGGGAGUGGAGCAGGGAUUGUCUGCCGAUGUCCCCGAGGAACAUUUGGCUUCAUAGCCCCGGCGUCCACCACUGCCCUCGGUCUGCUCCCGGCACCUGCAGCUGAGGGCGGAGCCAGUCCCUCGGCAGGGCGGGGUCUCCUUGGACCGGAGGAUGGCGCUGUCACCCAGGGGACAGACGCAACUAUGGCAUCCAUUGAAAAUGACCAUGGGAGAGAAACCAGAAGAAUUCCUAUGACCGCUCACAAUUAAAAUAUUUUGUCUUCUUAAAAAAAAAAUAAUAAUAAGUAAAGGAGAAAUAUUUUCCUACGAGAGUACUGGAUUUCAGGAACUGAGAUAGUGCUUCUAACCAAUGUAUUGCGUCAAGUAAGAUAGUAACAGCUGACCUGCCAGCAGCAUUAUGAGGAGAGAUCCUUUGCUCAGCUGACACCUUUCUGUUUUUGAGACUCGAUGCUUAAUUGUCGAUGUUAUCCUAAUUUGUGACACAGAACUAACUCACGCAUCAGUCCCUGGUAGAGCGAAAGUUAGAACAGGUUGUGUCAAAAAUACAGCCUGGCUUCAGAAUGUGUUACCACCUGCUUUGCCCAGAAAAUGGAGACUCUCACAAGGGUUUGAUCCGGAUUGAAACCCCAGACCGACUCUCUUGUUAACCAAGCAGGGAAGGUCUUUUACUUUACUGCACAAGAAGGAAGCAACUGUGAUGAAGAGAGAUUGCCUAGCCUUACUAACGAGAAGCGUUCUAGUAGAUGAACUAGCACCACCAUGUACGGAAAACGAAGCCAUGUUGCAGCUACAGGUUCCCGUUUGCAGAAAAAAACCUCCCAGGACAGUACAAAUAUCUAGCAUUUUUCCGUUCGUUAUAGCAGCAGAUUCCUUCUUGCCUUUAAGGGCUAUGGUUGUGGUGUGAUUCUUGGCUAACCUGCUUUCAAAAUCAGUUUUUGCUGUAGCAGAGCUUUAUUGCAGGCAUUUAAAACAUGGAAUAACCAUGUGAAAUAAUUUGGGCUUCAAAGUAGAACAUAAAUUAUAGAGUGGAAGGUAAGAGACAAAAAACAAAAACAAAAAACACCUUUAUCUUUCAUUUUCCUGGAGAAUUAUAUAUAAGGUUUUCUUAUAACAAUUUUGCCCUGAUUCCUGAAGUGGCAAAUAAAGCUAGAGUGAAUAUUUUGUUUUGAAAAGGUGCUCAAGUUCUGACAUUUUUGGUUCUUACAGCCGUAAAGUAUUUAUCAUUUGCAUGACUAAUGGCACAGGAAAAAUCUAUUCGUUAAGUUUUACAAUCAAGUGCAGAAGGGUUUUCAUCUAACUUCAGAGUUACAGAGGCUAAGGAGAGUACCUUGAGCUGAUCCUCUGGAGAGAAAUUUGGCCUUCAGAACUGCAAUAGCACUGAGCCUGUGAUCUACAUGCUGCCCCCACAUUUUGUUGGUUUCACACUUGUGCAAGUAACUUCUGGUCUGACGUGUGUAACUGAGCGAAGAGUGUGUUUGUGUGUGCAUGUGUGUUUACUGUUCCUAAGAAUUUGGCACAAGUCAGCUAAUUGCCUAUACUAAGAAUGUGUACUGCAGAAUAUAGUGUAUCAAAAACAUUUUUUUCUUUUCAGUUGGUUUUUUUAUGCAAUUUUUGUUUAUUAUGGAAAUCAUUGGUAGCCCCCUUCCCCCAAGUGUUUAGUAAACUGGCAUUAAGGUUGGAGGAGAGAAAAGAGGUGGAUUGUACUUUUCAUAGCUGAGAAAACAGAGCUAUGUGAAUAAAACCAGGCUGUGGUUAUCAAGUCUUUGAAUUGUGAAUAUUAGCAUUCUUUGAUGAGUUUUUUUGUUUUUUUUGUUUUUAAUAUAUAAUCCCCAGUUAUGAAGCACCUUGGUUAUGGAAGGAAAAGUUCUAACCAUUUUUUUGAAACAAAUUUCAUCAUGUAAAAGGUGAUUUGACUCAAUCAUGUAGAGAAAUCACAUUCGGGAAGUGAGACUCUUAGCUGAAAUAUUUGUUCGUGCAUUGUCUGAGUUUUGACGCCUCUAACUUCUCAGAAUGAUUCUGGUUUUUAGAAUUCCAUAUUUAAUAGCAGUUGAUGACAACUAAGACUACGUGUUAGAAACAUCUAUAAAAGUUCUACUGUUUUACAUUGUGGAUUGCUAUGCAGACAAGAAAAAUAAGUUAAUAUGAAAGAUGUGGCACGAUUUAAGGUGGAAAGGAUUAUCUACAAAUUUGGGUUUUAGGUCAAAGUGUUUGUGUCCGACAGACAGGUGGUUUUUGACUGUAAAGAUGUCGACAACUGAUUCGGCUGUCUGAUCAGUGUUGCCUCACAGCCCUCCACCUCUAGCGAGAGAGCAGCCAAGUUACCCAGAAACGUGGAAACCCGGCAUGUGUUUCACUGCUGGUAUUUCAUCUGGUAUGACUAUAACUCAGCUUGAAUGAAUGUGUUUGUUGAGAUGUUGAUACAACGCUCAAGAAGAGGAAGAAUAAAUUUGUUGGCACAUGAAAUAAUAGUGGCUGAAAGUUGGUGAUCUUGUGUCACUAUUUAUUUUUUGCCCUGAUCAGACUAGCAGCUAGAUAAGUGAAAGUUUUUCUAACAUGCCUUAAAAAUGUUAUGGUUUGAUCCAAAGACCCGCUUUUUCUUUAGCUAUUCAGAUAAGGUCUUCUUUUUUUGUUUUGUUUUGUCACGUUUUAUACAAAGGCAUUUUUAAAGGUUUUGUUGCUGUUGUUGUCGUCGUUCUAUGUUGCAAAUUUUGGGGGUUCUUUUAAGCUGUGACAGUGAUGGUAACUGAUGCUUUUCGUUUUGCUCAACUUCCUCAAAACAAGCCAGCAUCUGAUCAAAAGUGUUACAUAAAAUCUUCCUUAAAUGAUUGAAAGGUGCUUUGAUGAUUUUCAACUUUGGUUUGUAGAAUUAGAACUGAACUUCUGACUCUAAUCGCUACAGUUGCCAUCCCUUUUCUGUGAUAAAACUACUGAUAUUUGCUUUUCUGUAUAAAAAAUGUGGCCUAAGGAUGUCUGCUGUUUGUUUUCCAGAGUUGUCCUGUGGGAGUGUUGUCUGUAUGUCUGAACAUGAAAAUGCUUUCUUGCUUGUUGCCAUUGGUUUCUUUGUUUGUUUGUUUCGCUUUUUCGUGUUGUUUGUUGUUCUUCUCAGUAGUCUUCUUGUGUUAGCACUUCUAAGCUUUAACUGUCUCCUUAGCCAAUCAAAUGUUCAAGACUAUGGGGGUCUUUUUUUUUUUAAUUAAUGUGUCAUUGUGCAUCUGUUAAAUCUUGAUCAGGGUUUCAAGAAUGACUGCAGUGGGUUUUGGAAACAGACUUAUCAUUAUUGAUUUGGGGUUUCCCAGAGAUAAAUAUAGUUCACAGUUAAUUGUUGAGCUCUAAUACAACUGACCAUUUAAAAGUGAACAGCAGUUUAUUGUUUCGUAACAAUGUCAGUUGUUAAACCUUGACAUUUCAAUUAAAACAUGAAUUGUAGUUAUAACUCAAUGCAAAUUCAACAGUUGUAUUUGGAGUUAAAUUAUUUUAACAAAUAAAUUUAUUUAAUGAAA